CAUGUUGGAGUUGUGAAAGUUAAAAGAUUGAAGUUUGAACAGAAGAAGCAGAAGAAUAAUGUGAAGAACUGAAACCCUCGAAGAAAAAUGGAGAAUAGUGGAAUUAAGAUCUUUGAUAACUUCAUUAAAGAUAAAUCAUUCAAAUCAAUCUUUCGCAGAAAAUCAUCUACCGAUGAUUCUACUCUUCCUUCUCCAAAAUCCAUCUCAGUUCUCUCUCCAAUUGCUAAUUCUGUUGUCUCUCGUUGCUCCAGGAUCCUUCAAACCCCAACUGAAGAGUUGCAGAAGCUUUAUGAGAAUGAAUACCCUGCCCAUGCUAAGCAAUCAUCUAUUUAUGCUAGAAAUCUCUUGGAAUUCUGCUCGUAUCAAGCCCUCUAUGUGCUGACUCAACGUUCAGAUUAUUUGAGUGACAAGGAAUUCGUCCGUUUGAGUUAUGAUAUGAUGCUUGCAUGGGAAGCCCCUGGUACCGAGCCUUUAGUCAAAGAAACCGUACCUGAGAAUGAUCACGACGAUGCCGACUGGGAUGGGUGGUCCUUGUUUUACUCAGAUUCCAUUAGCACCGCUGUUCAGGUUGAUGCCAAGAAAACUGUUGGUCCUGAGGCUUUUGCACGAAUUGCUCCUGCAUGUGCUGCUGUAGCAGAUAUCAUAACUGUCCAUAAUCUUUUCAGUGCUCUUACGAGCUCUUCAGGUGGUCAACUUCAUUUUCUCAUCUAUGACAAGUACCUUGGAACCCUCGACAAGGUAAUUAAAUCUGCAAAAAAUGCGGCAUCUAACCUUGAGCUUGCUGAGGGAGAGAUUGUUUUAGAUGUUGAUGGCACUGUUCCCACUCAACCAGUUCUCCAGCAUAUUGGACUCACUGCAUGGCCUGGGCGAUUGACACUAACCAACUAUGCUCUCUACUUUGAGUCACUGGGAGUUGGUUUAUAUGAGAAAGCUGUCCGGUAUGAUCUGGCAACAGACUUGAAGCAGGUCGUGAAGCCUGAAUUGACUGGUCCACUGGGUGCUCGUGUGUUUGACAAAGCCGUGAUGUACAAAUCAACAGCCAUAACAGAACCUGUUUUUAUGGAGUUCACCGAGUUCAAAGGAAAUUCGCGCCGCAACUACUGGUUGGAAAUUUGUCUUGAGAUCUUGUAUGUUCAUAAGUUCAUUAGAAAGAAUGGCUUAAAAGAGAACCCGCAGAUGGAAGCACUUGGCAAAGCCAUUUUAUGCAUCUUCCGGCAACGUGCAGUUAGAGAAGCUUUUCGCAUAUUACCAUCCCAUUACAAAACCUUACUUCCUUUCAAUCUAGCUGAAAAGCUUCCUGGUGGAGAUAUGAUUUUGGAAACCCUGUUGAGUCGCUUGAAGCUUUUGACAAUAAAUUCACCCCGACGUGAAUCUUUAGGAACUUCUCCAAGAAAUGUCAAACAAAUUGAAUCUGUAGGAAGUUCACCAAGAAAUGUCAAACAACAGCUUUCAUUUUUUCCUAUUUCUAUACUAGCACUUACAAGACUUGGUUUCAAAUUACCGAAAGGGGUGGAUGCACAUUUCGAAGCUGGGUUUCAGGUUGGAGACGUUUGUGUAGGUGAGAAAAACCCUCUAGAAAUGGUUGUGCAUCAGUCAAAAUGUGACAUGGGGAGAGCGGAGGCAGCACAGGCAACUGUGGACCAAGUGAAAGUGGACGGGCUCGACACGAACAUAGCUGUGAUGAUGGAAUUACUCUUCCCGGUGAUUGAGCUAUUUAAACGGCUUCAGUUUUUGGCAGCAUGGGAAGAUCCAUUUAAAUCAACAAUGUUUUUGAUGGUGGUCGCAUAUACAACUUACAGGGGGUGGAUUAGGUAUGUAUUACCAUGCAUAUGUGUAUUUUUCGCGGCUCUCAUGGUCUGGCGCAAGCACCGAAACAAAGGAAAAUCUUUGGAAGUCCUUGAAGUAAUGCCUCCGCCUAGUAAAAAUGCUGUAGAACAACUGCUGAUGUUACAGGAAGGCAUUUCUCAGUUUGAGUCCCUAGUCCAAGCAGGGAACAUUGUUCUCCUUAAAAUAAGGGCUAUCUUAUUUGCUGCACUUCCACGGGCAACAGACAAAGUUGCUCUCGCGCUGGUUGUGAUGGCUGCAGUUUUAAUAUUCACACCUCUUAAGUACCUCAUCAUAUUGGUAUUCCUUGAGGCAUAUACUAGGCAGAUGCCCUUGAGGAAAGAUAGUAAUGACAAGUGGGAAAGGCGGGUGAGAGAAUGGUGGUUUAGGAUUCCAGCUGCUCCAGUACAACUUAUCAAAUCUGAAGACAAGAAGAAGAAAUAAAUGGUGUUGCUGUAGAAGAAUUCACAAAACUAAAAUGAUCAACGAACUGUAAGUGUUAUACAUUUUGUCUAUCUUAAAAUUCGUCCACUAGAUUAAGUUGUCAUAUAUUCUUUGUCGUUUUUAGUUUCUUUUUAUCAACUUUUGUAGCACUACCUGUUUGUAAUCUUAAGAAAUGUUACAGUUAGUUGUUCAGGUGCUAAUGGUAGAGACAUGUAAGUUAAUAAAGGCUCUAACCCAACUAGAUUUUGGGGUUUUUGUGACAGUUUUGGUAUUUAUCUUUGUUAUGGUCCGCAGAGCUUAACAAUGAUCUUUGUUUUGGUAGUUGUCCAUGGCUGUCUAUAUCUUUAAGGAAUGAUUUUCAUUUCUUAAAGCAAAACAGAUUUUUGUAAGAUUUCAUUUCUUUGUAAAUUUUUGGAUAUCAUUGGUCCACACUUGGUUUCACGUUAGUCAGAGUGUUCUGUAAUCAUCUAA